AUGGCCGGCCUCGAGUCGUACAGGACGUUGAAACGGCGCGGCAGUACGUGGUCGCUUCCAGGCCUGCUGGGAGGACACAACCCCUCAAAGUCGGACGAACCGCCUAUGCCGACGACACCCGACGCACUCGAAUCGUACAGGGCGUUUGAGAAAACGCAUUUCAGGACCAUUGACGAGUACGUCAAGACAGCACCCGAGGGCUGCGACCAGAUGCGGCAGAGUCAGAGCACCCUGAUCUCUGCCUCGUCGCGUUCCAGGUCAACAUCUUCCACCUCUCUUACAACACUCGUCGACAGUGUCGGAGCUUCUUCUUCUUCGGCCCAGGGCACCAAGAUGGGUGGCCCAUCGUCAUCGGCUGCGUCGUUCAAGAGUUUCAUACUUGGAAGCCGGCCGAGGAAGGCUGAGCGCCCGCCAGACAAGGCCGAGGUCAGUAUCAACGCGGCCAUCUACGGCGCGUCGAUACACUCCCAGAGCUCCUCUCUGAUCUUCCCCGUCAACAAUGAGCACCACUCCGAACCUACUCCUGCCCCCGCCCCGGCACCUCCGCCCCCGUCACAGCACCGACGUUCGGUCUCCAUGUUCUCUACUCGCACCCGCAAGACGUCGUCGGUGUCCUUUUCGAUUGGAGACAAAAUCGAAACGCCGUCGAAGCCGAGUGCUUCAUCGUCUUCCACUUCGCUGUUCAACCCCGCACACUCUCUCCUGCCCGCCACUAGGUCAACCCAUGGGUUCGGCGGUGUUGUAUGCGAGUCGCCCAUGAGCUCCACUCUGGAAGUGGACAGGAUCAAUCGCACGGCUAAGAAAACGAGCUUCAAGGACAACCGCCGCGGCAGCUGCCCACCCGUCGCAUUUCCCGCAGGCAUGGCGGAGGAUGCGUCUGAGACUGCGUCCAUCCGCUCUGUACCGGCGCCGCGGUCGAUUCUCAAACGUUCUUCCGACACUGCCAGCCUGCGCUCCUUCAGAGCCGGCGAUCCGACACCAUCCUUCGACGAAGCUCGCCGGACACUUGAGGUGUAUGCGGAAGCGGCUGAAGAAGACGAGGACGACCGCAGUGACGUCGCCACUACUUCCUCAUCGCUCCCCGCGGAAUCGAUCCGCAAAGCUUCCCCGCCUGCUAGUAUCAUGUCGACCGCAUCGCGACUCAGCAAGAUGCCCAAACGAGCUCAAACCUGGGUAGUCGACGCUGGCAAGGGCGUGACGAAGAGUGCUGCCGCCAUGGGCACUGCGAUCCUUGACACCGCCAACCCCAUGCGCAUUCAGAAGAGAAUCACACUGGACGAGGCUGUGCGGCCCUCGCGCUCCCAGUCACAGUUCGCGAUCGCCGACCACAUUCUUCGCGAGAAGACGAAGCUGCCGGAGAACCAGCGUGAUGCUGCUUCCGACUAUCACAUGUGGAACGCGGAGCGCCUGAACUUGAACUGGAAGAUGAAGAACAAGGAGCGCGUUAAUGUCAAGGAGGAGAUUGUGGAGGCCGAGGAAGAGGAGCUGUCCCGCCCUGCCAGCGUCAUUUCUCUGGGUGGCGAGCCGCUCUAUAUGACGGACUCGUCGGCAUGGCUGGAGCAUUGUGACCGCGUUUGGGACUUCACUCCCCAAGCCGUGGACCUCGUCAAUCCUCACAGACCGACCCUCACCAAGCGCAGCGCGACGCUCCCUAACCCUCCCACGCAGGAGCGCAUCACGUUCACUCGCCGAGCUCAAAGUGAGCCGACUGCCUCACAAGCUGCCCAAACCACAGCUGAUCUCAAGCAUCUCCGAACGACGUCCCCUGAGGCCAUUCGUACAUCCGAGGACUCUGGUCUCCCCGACACCCGAUUCUUCAAGGAAGACGGCAAGGAGAUUAACGAGUCUCCCAAGUCAUCGCUCCUCCUGACACCCGUCUCGUCAAACGAUCCCGACGCACCUGGUGCAACCUGGUCGCAAGAGUCUCUCACGAGCACGGCAUCAGGCUCGACGGAGGACCUUGAGUUCAAGGAGGCGAAGACUGAGCUGGAUUGGGAGAAGUAUCCCCGCCUGUGCGACACCGAUGAGCUCGACGACGAGCUGUACAAUGCCGUUCUCAACAUGACCCUCACCCGAUAG